CUUAUUUGUAAACACGCUGGCUCAUUUGCCAUAUUUCAUUUUCAUUGCAUAUGGUUUUGGUGCCAUUCUUAUCACUUAUCAGUUGUCACUUUCUUUAAGUUUAGUUCAUCUGUCUCUAAUCGUACGGAGUACUUUCAGGAAUCAUCAUUAUUGUUGUCUUAUUACAGACAUUUACUAGCUAUACAAGUGAUACAAUACCCAUCCCAGUCUUCCCUCUGUACUCUUUGCUCUGAAUUUUGGAUCAAUUACCUGGCUCUCCAAGCUCAUUACAUUGAAGUUUCACCGAGCUGGCAUUCCUUUCAUCUCAUCUCUAGCACACUGCAGGCCAGUAGACGAUCAUUCCUGUCGUGAGUUUUAGCUAUGGCUCAAUGCACACCUCUAAUCUUAAGAAUCGUGGCCUCGUCAGUUUCUGUCGCUGGACAAGCUGGUAAGAUCAUACGAGAUGUGAUGAAAAAAGGGGAAUUGGGCAUAAUAGACAAGGGUGUCAAUGAUUUGCAAACAGAGGCAGAUCGCUCAGCACAGAAUUUCAUCAUAUCCACUCUCACCAAACAAUUUCCUGGUGUAACCAUCAUUGGUGAAGAAGAACCAUCCUGUUACGAAGCCUUAGAUAAUGUCACCGCUGAUAGUGAUACAUCAGUUUUACAAGCCACUUGUCCUCCCGAUUUGGUAGCAGUGUCCGAGAAAGAUGUUGUCAUUUGGGUAGACCCUCUAGACGGAACUUCAGAAUACACCAAAGGCUUACUGGAUCACGUAACUGUCUUGAUAGGAAUAGCGGUCGGCCAGCGAGCUAUCGCAGGUGUAAUCCAUCAACCGUUUCAUAACUUCAAAUUGUGUGAUGAGAACAAAAUAGGUCGGACUAUUUGGGGCUUGCAAGGAUAUGGUGUGGCAGGUUUCAAGCCAAUACCACCACCCUCAAACAAAAGGAUCAUAACCACCACAAGGUCACAUUUUACCCCUGAAAUACAAGAAACUUUAGAUGCGAUGUGUCCAGAUGAAUUGUUGAGAGUUGGAGGAGCAGGACACAAAGUAAUACUCCUAAUGGAAGGAAAAGCUCAUGCUUAUGUAUUCGCAAGCCCUGGGUGUAAACGCUGGGAUACAUGUGCCCCUGAAGCAGUUCUCAGAGCGAUGGGUGGGGAGUUGACCGAUAUGCAUGGUGCAACAUAUGAUUACAGCAAGGAUACUCCACAUGCCAACACUCGAGGAGUACUAGCAACGGCUUUGGCUUCUGAUCAUGAGUUUUAUUUAAAAAUGGUGCCACAGAAGAUACGAGAGCUUUUGAUUUAGCAUUAAAUUAGUGACAUCUGUUCAACCUUCCUUACUACAUUAUUCACAUAGCUCUGGUAUGAUGGUGAUAUAGAGCAGACGCAUUGUACGUUGAGACAAAAGUCAAGUAUUGUUUAGGUCAUCUCUCAUCAGUGGUGCCAUCUGAGUGGUGCUGAUUCGAAGGUAAUGAGAGAUUGACAUUUGUCUCAACAUACAAAGCGUGUGCUCUAGUAGAGGUGUUGUCAGAUAAGUUGACAUUUUUUUACAUUCCGUUUGCAAUUGUCCACAGGCAAUUGAGGAUUGAUCAUGCUCGCAAUCGGAGCGUGGUCAAUCCUCUAUUUCGGUCAUCCUGUUAGAUGAUUGCAUAGUGUUUGCUUGCUAGUGGAAUGGAAGCAAAUACCAACUUAUCUGACGACAUCUCUAAUAAGUUUAAUUUAAACACUGCAAUGUCUAAUGUACAACUGAGUUCAUAUUUUUUAAUUGAGGUUUUUGAUUUCUUAAUACUCAUGUUAUUGCCCAGUAAUUCAAGACUUUUUUACUCAGCACAUAUAAUUAUUUUUAUACUAUUUAGUUUGAUUAUUUUUAAAAUGAUUCAUUCCCUCAGUAAGGGGCAAAAAUGACCACCAUUUCACUGUGAUGGAAAGUUGCCUUGGCAAGCAGCCUCUCUCUCCAGUUUUUUGAAAAUUUUAUUUUGUAAUUUUCAGAGAUCAUUUGCGAAAUAGGUAACAGUCCAAUAAUUUCAUAUGAAGAAAUUUUUGGCCACACUCCGAUCUUAUUCCAGGUGGAACACUUUGUGACCUCCUUGUAAAAUUAUGGAGGCUCCGUAAAAUAUAUAUAUAUACACCUAGGUUGCCAACAGUUAUAAAACAAAAUUUGCCAUUUGUCAGUUUUGAAAUAUGGAAGAAGAAAUAUAGAAAUCACUUAAGUUUUUGAGAGAAAAAUAGAGGAAAUCACAAUUUAAGUACAAGAAUUUGCGUUAGUCAGCUGAAGUUAUUUAUUCAACUGCUUCCAUAUUGAUUUUUUUAGCCCUGAUUUUUAUGUCCACUAUCUAAGGAAUUAUAGAUUUCGUCCCAUGUAUUUUACCACUGUGAAGGAAUGAAUUAGGUUGAGAGCUAGAACAAAGCGUUCUCUUUUUUUUUUACCUACCAUUAGAAUUAAAUCAGUGAGAAUGGAAACUUUUCAACUCGGAAAAAUUGAACCAAUAAAGAGAACCAGAAAACUGCAUAGUAGGUAGGUGAAGAAAUUACUUAUUUUUAGAAGGAGCUUUGAGGUGUUGCUGUUUUGAGCACUUCUGAUAGCAAUUUUAAAAUUUCCUUUUAUGCGCAGUUGCGUUUACAUAGUAAGCAAUACUAAACCGUAAAAAAGUGGAAUUUAAAAAAAAAACCUGAGUUGGUGGAUUUUCAUUCUUGCUGAUUCAAUUACAUGAACAAAGACUAAGUAUAAAGAAGUCUACCUAUAUUCUCCUAUACCUAUACUUGAUACCUAAGACUUCUUUUGUCUAUGUUCCCUGAAUAAAUGUGUCCAAUUUCGUCUGAAUAUAUGAGCAGCAGUCCUCUUCCAUGAAUUUAAUCAGUAUCCGAGGGUUGAGAGUCAAGCACGGUCAAAGAGUGUAGUCAGCCAGAUGCUUCUCUUCUGUAGAGGAGCAAUUGAUCAUUCAAAAAUGGACGAUAACUACAGAAAGUACCUAUAUUAUUCGUAUCGUCCUCAGGAGUUCUAGUUGUUUAAAACUGUAUGAGUUAUAGUGGAAAAAAUAUUUACAUUUCUUAUGAAAAUUUCUUUUGUUGACAUAAGUGACAGCCUUUAAGGCAUCAAAGGAUGAUGUUAACUAAGAUAAAUAAAUGAUAACUAAAUAAGUUUACACAAGAAAAAUCAUGUUUAUUGUAUAAUAAUAAAUCCAUCACAUUAAAACUAGAAAUACUAUUGGUAUUCACGAGGACACAUAUAAAUAAAAAUGUAUCACUCUCUCAUCGAUUCUUCUGCCAUUAAUUUAUGUAAAAGCAAUAUUUACAAGAACAUAUCAGUGCAACAUAUAUUUCUGCGUGGUUCAAAAUGAUCAGAUAAUUUUUACCAUAGAUGUUUCAUCUCUGAUUUAACAAGUUAAAAAGGGAAAUCUGGUUGACAAUAAUAUAUUCAUGACUUCAGUUACAUUAUGAAUCUUUUUACAAGAGUCUAAGACUUCAGUGAAAAAACAGUAACCACGACAUUGCAUUGUAAUUCUUUACAACAGGAUUUGAUUUAGGGAAAGGUCGGGUAAUGAGAGACCUAAGUAACAAGAGACUUAGACCACUGUUGCCUUCUGGGAUGAUAAAAAGAGAUGGUGAAAUGGAAAGUGAAUUUUGGUUCAUCUCUACGCUUCUUGACUUUUUUUUUACUACUCUCGGGAAUCCUCAUAUCCUCGACAAAAACAGUCAAUGAGGAAAGUAAAAUUUAUUGAAAAAAAAGAAGAAGAAAGGAAGGGGAAAAAAACUUGUUGAAAAACCAAUUUUAAGCUUAGGACAUGUAAUAGAAGCAUGAUAAAGAAAGUCUCUCCUUUCUCGAUCCGUUACUUCUGGAGGGUAAUGAGAGACCAAGCAUUCUUUUUUCAGUAUGUUACCGGCACUAAAACUUGACUAACUUCGAUAUUUCAAAAGUUUGAUUAAUUAAUUUAAAAUUCGACUGUAUUCUUAGACUUAAAUACUGGUUACCUAUUAUGUAAAUCCUCACAUUCCAAGUACCUUUUUGCAAUUUUUGAAUCAUUUUUGUUGGAAAAAUAAAAGUUUUUAUAACUCCA